UGAAAUAUUAUGAAUUUGAAUCGUGCUCGUUAACUGACUGAGAAUGCCCUUCUAAAGGUGAGAUCUGCUGGGUGGUUUGAUGAAAAAGGAAGCAACUUUGGCUGCGGCUAAUGCAAAGAGCAAACCCUAAAAGAUUCCCACACGCAUGGAGUUGCUAUAACACGUGCGAGGACCGCAUAAAUACCCAGAUACCGCCGCUUGCUCUGUUCCAGGAGAGAGAGAAGAUCACCUAAGCAGAAAGAAGAGUCCAACGUCUCUUUUUCUCUCUUUGUAUCUCUCUCUCUCUGAGCUUCACUCCAAUUAUUUUCUCUCUUUUUUCCCUUCAUUUUCCCCUUCAUCUUCCCGGUUGGAUCUCCUCACAGAUUCUGGGUUUGGAUAUUCUUCAUUCAACUACUGUCUCUCCUUUCCACCGUUUUCAUAUAUUUAUUUUACUAGAAAGCUACAGAGAAGCAGACCGUUUCUCCGAGUUUGGAUACUCUCUUUACUACUGGCUUUUGAUUAUCUUGAAUUAAUGUUAACUCUCUAUCUCCAUUAGUCUAUCAUUUUGAUUAGUUCCUAGGAUAUUCAUAUUGGCUAGAUCUCAAUCACUGUUUUGCCAGCUGAUUAUUUCAAUUUGCUGUGCAAUCUGUUGACAACUCUUAAACAUUUUUUAUCUGAGACUUGGGAAAGGGGCCAUGGCGCGUUGUUUAUCGGGCAUUGGGUGGUCACUUUACGUUCGAAAUGGGAGUUUGAUGAUUGCUAAUGGUCGAACCCUAAGCUUUUCAAAGAACAGUAUGCAUUUUUUGUAUAUUAAGAGGAACCAGAGACUUGUGGUUAUGAGUUCGUUGAAUUCAGAGGUUGAGCCCCAAUCUGUUAUUGCAACGACGGUUGUUCCAAAAGAAGGUGAAAGUGGUUCUGUUGAGAAGGAUUUUGGGGUACUGAAAGCGAAUUAUGUACCUGGCAUUGAUGGCGAGGAUGUUCUCGGUGGUAACGGUGGCAACGGGAAAUUCCUAGGUGGUGGUGGAACCGGCGGUGGCGGGGGAGGUGAUGGUGGUGAUAAUGAAGGGGAUGAUAAAGAAGAAGAGGAGUUUGGGCCAAUAAUGAAGUUUGAGGAGGUGAUUAAGGAGACUGAGGGUCGAGGGGCUAGACUUCCCAUGGACAUGUUAGAGGCUGCAAAAAGCAUUGGGAUCCGCAAAGUUCUUCUACUUAGAUAUUUGGACUUGCAGGGCUCGGCAUGGCCUCUAAGCUUUGCGAUGAAGUCAUGGUCUAUGUUUCGGAAUCGAAUGUUGGCUGAUCCAUCCUUCCUCUUUAAAGUUGGAACAGAGAUUGUUAUAGAUUGUUGUUGCGCUACAUUAGCAGAAGUUCAGAAGAGGGGGGAGGACUUCUGGGCAGAAUUUGAGUUGUAUCUUGCAGAUCUAUUGGUUGGGGUGGUAGUUAAUGUUGCUUUAGUUGGGAUGCUAGCACCUUAUGCUCGUAUUGCAGAACCAUCUGUACAAAAAGGGGUUCUUGGACGUAUGCAACAUGCUUAUGCAGCCCUUCCUAGCAGCGUAUUCGAAGCUGAAAGGCCAGGUUCUAGAUUUUCCAUGAAGCAAAGAAUUGCUACUUACUUUUUCAAGGGAAUCAUGUAUGGAUCAGUUGGAUUUGCAUGUGGUCUUAUAGGUCAAGGAUUGGCUAAUUUGAUAAUGACUGCGAAGCGGAGCAUAAAGAAAUCAGAAGAGGACAUACCUGUUCCACCUCUCAUAAAGAGUGCAGCUCUUUGGGGUGUUUUCCUAGCUGUUUCCUCCAACACCCGCUAUCAGAUUAUCAAUGGAUUGGAAAGGUUAGUAGAAUCGGGUUCUUUUGCAAAGCAGUUUCCACCCAUUGCCAUGGCCUUUACAGUUGGGGUGCGAUUUGCAAACAAUGUGUAUGGUGGGAUGCAGUUCGUCGACUGGGCAAGAUGGAGUGGGGUGCAAUAACUAUCCCGCUUCCUUGUUUCUUUGAAUGAAGUUUGUAGCAGAGAAAUAAGACUCACCUCGCCCUCUCUUGUAACUCCAAUUUAAGUAAUGCUAGCAACCUGUUAUAACUGAGAUUGAACAACCGUUAAUGGCAAUUUCUGUAUUUGCCCUCUCCUAAUGUUGUGAUAUUUUAUGUUGAAUGGUGGAGUCACCUCCAUAUUUUUAAUCUACUCCGAACUUUAUUUUUAGGUUGCUCCUUUGUAAUAAAAAGGUUAUGGAUUCAAGUUAUGCAAACAGUCGUUUCCUCA